CACACAGCGACUCCUCCCCUCCAUCACAGAGACACACACUCUCCUCACUCACACUCAGAAGCUGUCAGCCAUGCGGGCGACUCGAACCUGCCUCCUCCUCCUCUUCCUCCUCUUCCUCUUCACCUGUACAGAAGCCCAAUCAGAAUUUAUCAUAAAAAGCGUCAAGCUCUUCGUUCAUCCUGCAAAAGAAGUGGAACGAGGCACGAACCUGACACUAACCUGCAAUGCUCAAGUUAGCCAUACCGGCGGCCGUCUCCCCCAGUACACGUACAACUUCUACAAAAACUUUGAGCGCAAAGCAUUACACAUACAAAAGAUGGAUGCUGUGGAGCAGGUGAACUUCUCCAUCCCUAAUGCUCGAGCCUUUGACUCAGGAAUCUACCGGUGCGAGUUGGUGAUCGAACAACAAAACUUAAAGAGCCAAACUGAGAGCGUCAAAGUCAAAGGGCUGCAGGUGCCAGAGCUGAUUGUGGAUAAGCAGAGGGUGAGUGAGGGCGAGAGUGUGAGCGCCACCUGCAGGGCAGAGGAGGAAAAGGGUAGCCUGCAAUUCUCCUUUAAAGAUGGCACUAAUGAAGUGCAUAGAGAAUCUUCAGAGAUCGGCCACGUGCAGACAAUAUUGACCUUCCACUCCGCAAGGAUCGCAAGACUGUCCUGCUUGUACUUAAUUAAUCAAUUAGAGUCAAACAUCAGUAAUGUGGUCACUGUUGAAGUGCAAGAGCUGGACAUCAGGCCAACUAUCACCUUCCAGCCAUCCACAGAGGUCAUCGAGGGGGACACUGUGCAGAUCUUCUGUCGCGUGGACUCAAAAUUCCAAAACUCAACAUUCUCACUAAAGCUGAUCAAAGGCAAGGACCUCCUCAAACCUGACAUGAAAAACUCUAACUACAGUAAGGUGGUCCAGGCCACGGACACUGGGGAAUACGAGUGCAGAGCUACAAUUAACAGUGUCACCAAAACCGAUGCUCAAAAUCUGACCGUCAAAGAGUUGUUUUCCAAGCCGAUUCUGACCAUAACGCCAGUCGGAGUGUUUGAAGGGCAGCCGUUUACGGUCACUUGCAAAAGCUCCGACUUUGCCUCAGAGAGAAUCAGCCGGGAUCAAGUGAAAUAUUCCAUCCUCAUGAACGGACAAUCCGUCACUCUUGGAGCGUUUAAUGGAGAGUACAAUGCUACAGCCAGCACACAGACCAAUGGGAAUUAUACGUGCAAUGCUCAAGCAAAUAACAUCUUGAAAUGGAGCCAGCUUCAGAUCUUCAAAGCUAAAAUGCUGGUCUCAAAGCCAAUCAUUGAGGUGGUGGAUAAGGUGGUCCUGGAUCGUCCAUUUAAGAUUCACUGCCGCUCAGAGUAUGGGAGCUUUCCCAUCAACUACACAUUGAUCAGAAACCAAAAGCCGCUGAACCAAAUCCUGUCUUGGCACGAGAAUGACCACGCCUCCUUCUCUGCUGUUAUUUCCACCAAAGAGGAAAUCCAAGACUACAAGUGUAUCGCGCAGAACAGUCAGAACAGUCCUCCACUGAUGAGUGACGCUCUGUCAGCGCCAGUUAUAGUUCCUGUAAAGAAGGUAUCUCUGGUAGUCCUCCCGGGGCCUGACCAGGUUAUAGAGGGUACUGAUGUUUACCUCAUCUGCAACGCUGGCAUUGGAACUCCUCCAAUCAGCUUUAAAUGGUACCGCUUGGGCAACAACAGCGCACUGAUGUCCAACACGGUUCAGGUCAAUAACUCUGCACAUAAACUCCCCAAAGUGAGCAGCAAAGACAGUGGCACGUAUUACUGUGAAGCCUAUAACAACGGCAUUGAGCACUCCCAGAGUGACAAAGUCACCUUCACAGUGAGAAUGGCCCAUUGGAAGAUUGGCAUAAUCGCUACUGUUUGUCUGCUGUUGUUGGCGUUGUCUGUGGUGGUCCUGCUCAAGUACAGGUCUAAGAGAGGUAAACGAGAGACUGCUGCCCAGCUCUCAGUUACCUUCAUCAUCCCAUCCCACCUGUCAUUCAACUCAGCACUCUGUAAUCUAUAUUGGUAAUACAAACAAUCAAGACUUUUAGAAGUUUGAUUAUGAUUGUGGUUCUGGCAAACAGCAGUGGGCUAGAGUUUUAACGCAUGCUAACACUUGCUAUUGCGCAUAGAAGUCUUGCUAGCUAACACAAGCGCACAUUUUGGACUGCAGGUUCCAUUUUUAAUCCAACUCAACAGCUCUUCCAUUUCACCACAGCCAUUUCAACACUUUCUAUCCACAUUUUUCCUGAUAGAAGAACAUUCUCAGUGUCAGAGCACAUACACAUUCUGAAUGCUAGCUACCAGGCCUUUAGUGAUGAGAAAUGCUAAAUGCACCCACUGAGCAUUCAUACCCACGGUGCAUUGUGUGAAGAAGUCGUCAGUGCAGCGAACCAUUCAGACGGUUUUAGCGAGGGGACCUUAUUUUGCAAUGUUAUUACGUUCAAGUUGACAUUUUGUGGACUUUUGCCAUCUGAAAAACACUAUAUAGACAAAAGUGUUCAAAAACCUACACAUUACACCUGCAGAAACCUUUGACAUCCCAUUCUAAAUCCAUAGGCAUUGAUACGGAGUUGGUCCCCCUUUGCAGUUAUGACAGCAUCCUACAAGAUUUUAGAGUGUGUCUGUGGAUUUGCAAAUUCAUCCAGAAGAGCAUUUGUAAGGUCAGGCACUGAUGUUGGAUGAGAGGGUCUGACUCAUAAUCUCCUUUCUAGUUCAUCCCAGCUUGUUAGAUGGUGUUGAGGUCAGGGUUCUGUGCGGGCCAGUCAAGUUCCUCCACACCAAACUCACCCAGUCUGUGCCUUUAUGGACUUGCUUUGUGCACAGAGCUCAGUCAUGCUGGAACAGAAAAGGGUCUUACCCAAACUGGUAUUACAAAGUUUAAAGCAUACAAUUGUCCAAAAUGUUGUUGCUAGGCUGAAGCAUUAAGAUUUACCUUCACUGGAUAUAAAGGGGUCUAGACCAGCCCCUGACAAACAACCCCAUGGCAUUAUCCGUCCUCCACCAAACUUUACAGUGAGGCAGGUAAGGUUCUCCUGGCAUUCGGCAAACUAGUCCAUCAGACUGCCUGAGAGAGCAGUCCAGUGGCAGCGUGCUUUACACCACUCUCCCGCUGAUGCUCAGCAUUGCGCAUUUUGAUCUUAGCCUUGUAUAUAGCUGCUCGGCCAUGGAAGCCCAUUUUAUGAAGCUCCUAAUGUGCAGUUCUUUUGCUGAUGUUGCUUCCGGCGGCAACUUGGAACUCUUUAGUGAGAGAUUGAACAGAGAAUUGGCACUGUGCUCUUCAGCACUUGGCAGCCCCACUCUGUGAGUUUGCGUGGUCUCCAGCUUUGUGGCUGCGCUCUUGUUGCUCCGAGAUGCUUCCAUUUCACGGUAAUAGCACUUACAGUUGACAGGGGCAGAUCUAACAGGACAGAAAUUUCACAAACUGACUUUUGAGAGUCAGAGGUGGCGUCCUAUGACAGCAGCAUGUUUAAAGUCACUAAGCUCAACAGUUUGUCCCAUUCUACUGCCAGUGUUUGUCUAUCAAGUCUGCUGCAAGACUGUGUGCUUAAUUUUAUCCAACUGUUAGCAAUGGGUGUGGCUGAAACACCUGAACUGAAUAAUUAGGAGGGGUGUUCUAAUACUUUUGUCCAAAUAGUGUAGUAAUAAAGUGGUUUAAAAGUAACUGUUUUAUCUGUGCAAACCUGGCUACUUGUUUGUUGCAAUGCGUCAGUGCUAGCCAGUUGGCCAAUAUGGGCGAGUUACUGUUAACAGCUGGUUUACAACUUUAAUCAUGUGAGGCUAAUAAUGGCAACACUUUUACAGAAUUAGAGGAUGAGACUGAAUACUGCCGCCUCAGAGGAUAAAUGUAAGGCCCAAAUGAACUUAAAUUACAUAGCUGAACAAAAGAGUAGCCUUAACAGUGGUUCCCCUGAUGGGGAAUAUGUGCACAUACCCUAUAUAAUAGAAUAAAUACAACUAAACAAAGUAAAAUACAAAAAAACUACUUUGCUAGAUGACAGUUUCACACAGUGCAUUGUGGGCAUGUGUGUUGAGUAUCUCCCUUUAGCGAUAUGCAUUUGUAUGCAUGGAUCUGUUGUUUAUGUCUAGAAGGUAGACUUGCAUGCAUUUCGAGCUCAGUCGUGUUGGAGUCGGUCAUCAGCCACUGACUGGCAUGAGUGGAGCCUCUGUGUGGGUGCAAGCAUGUUAGCGUUCUUGCUUUUCUGCGUUUUGCUGUUUUUGAGGUCGAUCCCCAACCUCCCCCUCCCCCCAAUCUUAUUACAGGCGGAGUGGCACACUUCGGCUCCAGGAAGAAGAAUCUGACCAAUGGAGCUCAAAUAAUAUCGCUGCUGGAACAAGCGACAGUAACUCCUGCACAAUUCUGAACGCAGCGUAGAAGCCAGACGGUUCUGGACCAAAAACGGGGGAAAUACUUAACGUGAACUGAGCUGAAACUUAAUGAACAUGAUUUGAGGACCUUUAAACAUCAUCUAAAGAGAAAGUGACAGGAAAUCAGUGUUACGGAUACAGACGAGGAGGAGCAUCUGCACCGCGUUUUGGAUUGGCAUGUUAUCAGUGAUGACCUUUUUUAUUCCUCAUUCCCCCCCCAAGUUUCUACACUCUAUUUAUUUCCUUUGAUGCCUUCUCACUACCAACCUCCCCCUCACUCGUUUUCACAGAUCACUUUAAAUAUUCUUGAAAGAAAAUUUGCUGCACACUAAUCACUUAAACUGAUGGUAAAUAAAGCAUCACAAAACACCACAAGCUGGAGAGAAAGUGUGGCCUGAAGGGGAGUUCCACUACUAUUUCCACACUUCUGCAUAAUAAGUGCCUGAGAUGUAAACACAGUGAUUCUGGGUGGUUUGGUGUGAAAUGGGUCAGAUGUCUUUACAGUGGUGGUGAUAGGAACCAGGGGUCGCCAUGACUACAACACAAAUAUAGACAUUUUAUUUACUGUCC